AUGACCCUCUUACCCUUGGCUAUCCUAUUAUUGUUACACAUCCCGUUUGUUCGCUCCUCACUGCCGAGCCUCAACGGCACUAGUGUCACUACACUCGACGUCAGUGGCUCUUCAUCCUGCAGUAACACCAGAGCCUUGUGGAACAUCAUCUGGAAUUGCGCUGCAACUCUAUUUGCAUGCACAUGGACUGCAAUUCACCCAAAUAUCCCGGGUAUGGACGAGGGGAAAAUGACCGUUUUAUUUCGUCGCCUAGGCAUCAUGACGAUGGCGCUGGUCGCCCCAGAACUCAUGAUUACAUGGGCCACUAUACAGUUUCUAACUGCUCGUGACGCUGCAAAGGCCUUCAAUGAUUGGACAGUGACACAUGGUUUUUUCGUGUGGAUGGGUGGAUUCAUGCUCUACUUCAAUGACGAGCCGCGAGCCACUCUUAAACCCAAGGAACUUGAGCGCUUUGUUCUUGAGGGCUCCGUGGAAAUGCCUAUCAUCAUGGAGGCAGACAUAGAAGACCGAAGUAAGGGUGAUGGAUUAUCCAAAGGCAUCGCCAUUCUUCAGCUGGCGUGGUUCGUCAUCCAGCUUGUCGCCCGUUACGUCCAGAACCUUCCUAUAACACUGCUUGAACUCGACACCCUUGCUGUAGCUGCCUUGACCAGCAUUGCCUAUGGCUUUUGGUGGAAGAAGCCUAAGGAUGUAAGACGACCUCAUGCUGUUUAUUGGAAAGCAACCUAUCCGCCAAGCAAAUUAGCCUAUGAGUAUGUCGUCAAUAUUCUUGUUUUAAAUUAUUCUAAUUCACCUGCAUCUUAG